GAAGCUCAUGGCGAUUCUCAUAGCCUCCGAAACAGGCAGCAGCUGAGACUGAGAAAAACCCAAUCCUCUGUGCAAUGGACCUCUCAAUCCCUCACACGACACCAUACCCAUUUCACCUUUCUUCUUCGAAGCCACUGUUAUUUAAUCAAAACUCCUCAAAUCUCAUUCUCUUCAAGCCACUCUCUUUACCUUCUUCUAAUCGCAGAAGAUCGCGUCAGUACCACAAAAGACCAGUUUUUGUUGCUGCUUCGUCUGCAAACCCAAGUGGGCCAAAUGGGUUUUCUUGGCUCGGUCUGGCUUAUUCGAUUCAGCGUGGGUCAGAGCGGUUCUGGGUGCAAUUUGGGGGUCUGGUGAAGAGGGAAACUGGGUUUGACUUGGAAGAUGCUAAUUCGAAGGUGAACGAGUUUGUGGGCCGAGUUCGUGGUGCGGGGAAGAGAGGUGAGGAUGGGUUGGAUCGGUUUAGGACUGAGUUGCUUCCAGAGUUUGUGAAUUGGAAUCGGUGGGAGCGUUGGAAGGAUCUCAAGAAUUGGGAAGCUAAACGAAUUGGCGCCCUGAUUCUCUAUACAUUUGUUGUGAUAAUAUCUUUUCGAGGUAUAUAUUUGGCAUUUCAAGCCCCUCGUCUAGAUCGUCAAAGAAAAGAGGUCACAGAGGCUUAUAUGGAGGCACUGAUUCCUGAGCCAUCUCCAAGUAAUAUUAGAAAGUUUAAAAAGGGCAUGUGGAGGAAGACAAUACCUAAAGGUCUGAAAAUGAAGAAAUUCAUUGAAAGACCUGAUGGAACCUUAAUUCAUGAUAGUUCUUAUGUUGGGGAAGAUGCAUGGAGUGAUGAUCCAGAGCCUCAGGACAAUGUGAAUCAAAUUAUUGACAGUAAUGUAAAAUUAAAUGCAGAAGUAAAGAAAGAACUGAAGGAGGACUUGGGCAUUUCAGGUAAAGAUCAACAAAAUAGUGGAACAUGGCGUGAAAGGCUUAAUACAUGGAAGGAAAUUCUCAAGAAGGAUAAGUUAAAGGAGGAUUUAGAAUCCUUAAAUGCCAAAUAUGCAGUUGAAUUUGACAUGAAAGAAGUGGAAAACAGCCUUCGCAAGGAUGUGGUAGAAAAGGUACCAGAGUCAAAUGGGACUAGAGCACUGUGGAUUUCCAAGAGAUGGUGGCGCUAUCGUCCUAAACUUCCCUAUACUUACUUUCUUCAGAAACUUGAUAGCUCUGAGGUUGCUGCAAUUGUCUUCACUGAGGAUCUGAAAAAAUUGUAUGUAACAAUGAGAGAAGGAUUUCCCUUAGAAUACAUCGUUGAUAUUCCCCUUGACCCACACUUGUUUGAGAUGAUCUCAAGCUCUGGAGUUGAAGUAGAUCUCCUUCAGAGGCGACAAAUCCAUUACAUUUUUAAAGUUGUGAUUGCAUUGGUACCUGGAAUAUUGAUCUUGUGGUGUAUAAGAGAGUCUGUGAUGCUUCUUCAUGUUACUUCAAAGCGCUUUCUAUAUAAAAAGUAUAAUCAACUAUUUGAUAUGGCUUAUGCAGAAAACUUUAUCCUGCCAGUUGGAGAUGUUGGUGAAACAAAAUCAAUGUACAAAGAAGUAGUAUUAGGGGGUGAUGUUUGGGACCUUCUGGACGAGUUAAUGAUUUAUAUGGGAAACCCCAUGCAGUACUAUGAAAGAGGUGUACCAUUUGUCCGGGGGGUUCUUCUCUCUGGUCCUCCGGGCACAGGAAAAACUCUUUUUGCACGGACGCUUGCAAAGGAAAGUGGGAUGCCCUUUGUCUUUGCAUCUGGUGCAGAGUUCACAGAUAGUGAAAAAAGUGGUGCAGCAAGGAUUAAUGAAAUGUUUUCAAUUGCAAGGAGAAACGCUCCUUGUUUUGUAUUUGUGGAUGAAAUUGAUGCUAUUGCUGGAAGGCAUGCAAGGAAAGAUCCACGAAGAAAGGCAACAUUUGAGGCUUUGAUAGCACAGCUUGAGGGAGAGAAGGAAAAAACUGGUGUUGAUCGGUUUUCACUUAGACAAGCUGUGAUAUUCAUCUGUGCUACCAAUCGACCAGAUGAAUUGGACCUAGAAUUUGUUCGUUCUGGACGCAUUGACCGUCGGCUGUACAUUGGUUUACCUGAUGCAAAGCAGCGGGUACAAAUUUUUGGUGUGCACAGUGCAGGAAAACAGCUUGCUGAAGAUGUGGACUUUGGAAAACUUGUUUUCCGCACUGUUGGUUAUUCUGGGGCAGAUAUUCGAAAUCUUGUCAAUGAAGCAGCAAUAAUGUCUGUCAGAAAAGGUCAUUCCAAGAUAUACCAGCAGGAUAUUGUUGAUGUGUUAGAUAAACAAUUGCUUGAGGGAAUGGGCGUGCUCCUUACGGAGGAAGAGCAACAGAAAUGUGAAGAAAGUGUGAGUUUUGAAAAGAAAAGACUGCUGGCUGUACAUGAAGCUGGUCACAUAGUGUUAGCUCACUUGUUUCCUCGAUUUGACUGGCAUGCAUUUUCUCAGCUCCUGCCUGGUGGCAAGGAAACUGCAAUAUCUGUUUUUUACCCCAGAGAAGAUAUGUUAGACCAGGGUUACACGACCUUUGGCUAUAUGAAAAUGCAAAUGGUGGUUGCUCAUGGUGGCCGAUGUGCUGAACGUGUUGUGUUUGGCGAUGAGAUAACUGAUGGAGGAAGGGAUGACCUAGAAAAGAUUACGAAGAUUGCUAGAGAGAUGGUAAUCAGCCCAGCAAAUUCAAGGUUGGGGCUUACUGCUUUGACAAAACGAGUGGGGUUAAUGGAUAGACCUGAUAGUCCAGAUGGCGAGUUGAUAAAGUACAGGUGGGAUGACCCUUUUGUGAUUCCUGCCAACAUGACACUUGAAGUAUCUGAGCUGUUCAGUCGAGAAUUAACAAGGUACAUUGAAGAGACAGAAGAAAUUGCAAUGAGUGGCUUGAAGGUGAACAGGCACAUACUGGAUAUGAUUACAAACGAACUGUUGGAAAAUUCAAGGAUAACUGGAUUGGAAGUUGAUGAGAAAAUGAAGGGACUCUCUCCAAUAAUGUUCGAGGAUUUUGUGAAACCAUUCCAAAUAAACUUAGAAGAGGAGGGACCCUUGCCUCACAACGAUCGGGUGAGAUAUCAGCCACUGGACAUAUAUCCUGCUCCACUCCACAGAUGUUAAAAGUGUUAACGGAACGCUGCAGGGUUCUCAGUUCCUAGCAUGUUGUCUUUGAUCCUAGUUUGGUUGCCCUCUAUCUGAGUCCAAGCUAGACAUUGAUUCGGGCUCCUGGGAGAAGAAAGAAACCCGGCUGUUGACACCAAUGCUCUGGUUCUUAGAUGCUGAAGCUAUUGAAUAUUGUCAGCUGACUCUUGAGUAGAAGUGUGAAAUGCAGCAGGAUUGUAUCUUGAGAUGAGGUUUAGGAAUGUGCUUUACAACAGUUUUGUUGGCUUAUUUAUUACUGUUUUGAUGUUUCUGUACAAUGAAAUUGAAGUUAUAAGAAGGGUCGAUCUGUCUUCGUGUACAGAGAAAUCUGUAAUGAAAAUAAUUUUUCCCAUUAAUGUAUUAAUGUGCAGAACAUAUAAAAAUUGUGAAA